ACUAUUAAGAUUUGCCAUUUACAGUUAAAUUAAAUGGGUCAAAUGUUCUCCAGAAGGGGCAGUUUUGUUUGUUCUUGUGAAAUUUGGACUUUUCCAUCUCAAACCGUUGGAUCUGUUUGUGACUGCGUAAGAAUAUGCUUUCUUCUGUUGUUUUAAUGAUUGAUCACAGAGUCAACAAGUGUCCCAUUUGCAGUCCAUUUCCCAGCACUCGUUUUUUCUUGAACAUGUCCGCUCAACUCAUAUGAAUUCUAUAAUGUUUGAAUGAAUUUAAUUUGAGCAUUAUUAUUUUAGUCAUGUGAUGGUUGUUGUAUUGCUGUUUUUCUGAAACCAACAACUUUUAAAAAGCUGAUAUUGGUGGUUGUAAGCUUCAACAUGAUCUUCCCUUCGUCUGAAAAGAGCAUAUUUUAUUGGUUUAUUGGUUUUCUAAGUCUGCCACUAGUUGCAGAGUGUAACAAAAUCCGGCUGGUGGGUCCUUCAAGAUGCUCUGGCAGAGUGGAGGUCUUCCAUCAGGACAGCUGGGGUACCGUGUGUGACGACAAUUGGGGCCUGUCCAAUGCAGAGGUGGUGUGUCGUGAGGUGAGCUGUGGAACGGUGGUGGAAGCCAAGACCGUGGCCUUCUUUGGGCAGGGGAAAGACCAGAUCUGGCUGGAUGAUGUGCAUUGUACGGGACAUGAGCUUUCUCUCAUGAAGUGUCGACACAGACCUUUUGGGGAAAACAACUGUGGCCAUGGAGAGGAUGCAGGGGUCAUAUGUUCAGAAAAUUUGCGACUGCUGAAUGGUAGUGACAGUUGUCGUGGCCGAGUGGAACUCUAUCGUAACGGACAUUGGAAGAGAGUGUGCUCAACACAGUGGGGGGAGAAGGAGGCAAGUAUCAUCUGCCAGGAGCUGCACUGUGGUCUUCCUGAUCUUUCUCAAACUGGAAAGCUUCUUUUUGGAGCUGCAGCCAGAGAAGGUGGAGUCAAAACAAGCUGUGCAGGAAAUGAGACCUCUUUCUCCAAGUGUGGUCAUGAAGAAUUGCGGGAAGUCUGUGUGGAUGCUACUGUUGUCUGCUCAAAUAAUAAACCAAUCCGAGUGGUCAAUGGAACCACCAGGUGCUCAGGUCGAGUGGAGAUCUACCAUGCUGGACAGUGGGGCACCAUUUGUGAUGACCACUGGGGUAUGCACGAGGCCAAUGUAGCCUGCCGCCAGUUAAACUGUGGAAAUGCAGUGGCAGUCAAAUACAAAGCGUUUUAUGGCAUGGGCACUGACCAGGUUUGGAUGGACGAUAUUGACUGCACCGGGAGGGAGAAUGCUCUGGCUGAGUGUCCACACAGAGGCUUUGGGGACAGUGACUGUGACCACAAUGAAGAUGCAGGUCUAGUAUGCUCAGAGUCAGUUAGGCUGAUCAACGGCACUGACCGCUGUUCUGGCAGAUUGGAGGUUUUUCAUAAUGGUCAAUGGAGCAAGAUCUGCAACACUAACUGGGGCAUGGAUCAAGCUAAGAUAGUGUGCAGGGAAAUUGAAUGUGGAGCCCCUCAACAGCUUCAUGAAACUCUGAAUUUUGGUGACAGCGGAGCACAAAGAGGUUACACAGCCAGCUGCUCUGGAAGUGUAGACUCAAUCUCUCAGUGCAGAAUACAGGAGAACAGAGGGUCGUGUGAUGGAGUUUUUUUGUCAUGUGCAGAUGUGCAGCCUCUGAGGCUGGUCAAUGGCACUGAUCGCUGCUCUGGUCGAGUAGAGAUGCUUCAUGACGGUCAGUGGGGGACUGUGUGUGAUGACAUGUGGGACAUCCAUGAGGCUGAGGUGGUGUGCCGAGCCAUGGACUGUGGCUCUGCUCAGACUGUCAAAACCAGUGCUUUCUUCGGCCAGGGCCACGGGAACAUCUGGCUCGAUGACAUGAACUGUUUGGGGAAUGAGUCUUCUCUUCUGCACUGUCAGCACCCUUCUUUUGGAGAAAAUAACUGUGGCCAUGGGGAAGACGCUGGUGUAAUCUGCUCAGCAAAUAUCCGACUGAACAAUGGGACAGAUCUGUGCUCUGGCCGAGUGGAGAUCUACCAUAAUGAGAUGUGGUCCGCUGCUGUGAAUGUAAACUGGGGAAUGACUGAAGCUACAGUGAUUUGUAGAGAGAUGAGCUGUGGAGAUGCUGUGUCUGUGUCAGAGUCUGGGUCUCACAAUGGGCUGCUGGGAGGUGUCAAAGUCAGCUGCAGUGGCAGAGAGAGCAUUAUCACUCAGUGCUCACUCCAACAGUACACCAGGACCGGCAGCGGCCAUCUUGGACAGGCCUCUGUAGUUUGUUCAGGUGAUGUAAAAUUACUGGAUGGGCCCAAUCGCUGCGCUGGCAGAGUGGAGGUGUACAACAAAGGCCAGUGGGGUAGUGUGUGCGGGGAGUCGUGGGACUUGAAUGAUGCCUCAGUGGUGUGCCAGCAGCUGAAGUGUGGGAAUGAGCACAGCAUCAGCACCAGUUCAAACUACGGGCCUGGGUCAGGGCGGGUCUGGGUGGAUCAGAUCGAGUGCAGCGGACGAGAGACGGCCAUAUCACAAUGUCCACAAAGGCCAUUUGUAGACAGGACCUGCAACAUCACCUCACUAGCUGGAGUUGUUUGUUCUGACAGUUUGAAUGUUCGUUUGGCUGAAGGAAGUGACUCUUGCUCUGGGAGGGUGGAGGUAUUGUCUGGUGAAGUUUGGGCCACCGUCUGUGAUGCAGAUUGGACGCUUGAGAAAGCAGAGGUGGUGUGUGAGAUCAUAGAGUGUGGAAAUGCCAUUAGCGCACCCGGUGGAGCACACUUUAACCCUGGAACAGGGCUGGUAAUAGACAGCAGCAACACAUGUUUUACCAACAGGGCUACUCUACAGCAUUGUGCUAAAAACGGCUUCAAAACAUCUACGUGUGCACAUGAGAGAGAUGCUGGAGUUGUUUGUGCAGCUACAAUUCGACUCGUGGGUGGCUCAAACUCCUGCUCUGGGCGAGUGGAGGUCUUACACAAAGGCCAGUGGGGAACAGUAUGUGACGAUGACUGGUCAUUAUCCAACGCUAAAGUUGUUUGCCAACAGUUGGGCUGUGGCCAGGAACUGUCUGCUCCCACCAGUGCCCACUUUGGGAGAGGUGAGGGUCCAAUAUGGCUGGACAAUGUGGAAUGCACCGGCGAAGAAGUAGCUCUGUCACAGUGUAAACAUCCAAAUUAUGGAAUAAACAACUGCGGCCACAGCGAAGAUGCAAGUGUCAUCUGUUUUGGUGCUCUCAGUAAACCACAGUUAACCCUGAGUACCGGUCCAGAGGUGAACUGGGGCGACCGAGUGGAGUUCACCUGCACUGUGAUGACAGAACAGCUUGGUGGGACAUUUGUAUUGAGCAACAGCCAAGGAUCUCUGAAAAUGGAAAGGUUUUCUGAAGGAGAAGCUGCAGUCUUUGUCUUUCCUAAGGUCAACUUCACUCAAAAGGGCUCCUACUUCUGCGAAUUUAAGAAGAAAGUACAAAGUCAAGUCUUCAGUUUCCCUCAGUCAAAUGUUGUUGAUUUGUCUGUUAAAAUGAAACUGGAAAAACCCAGUAUCACCCUGACCUCCCCUCAUGCCAUGUUGAUCUACAGCCCUGACAAGUUAACGGUCAAAAAGGGGGACAGCUUUUUUAUCACUUGCUCUGUGCAUUCUACCUAUCCUGGAGGCUACUUUUAUCUCACCAAGUCUAACACCAGCAGAAGUGAACCCAAAGCAGCGUUUGGCCACUCUAUAUUUUACAUGGCCAAUUUUGAAUUCCCAUCAAUACAGUAUGAGCACCAAGGACUGUAUAGCUGCAUAUAUGCCUUGAACAUCUCGUCACAAUCUUUCUGUUCGGAUGCAUCCAAAACUAUUCAAGUCACUGUGGUUGAUGGGUCCUCGUCCUCCACUGUCUCUGGUAUUAUUGCUGGUGUAGUGGUAUUGGUGAUUGUAUUGGUCAUCGGUUACAUGCUCUGGAGGAGGAGGAGAUGGGGUGCCGGUACCAUGGUGACCUUUAGUAACAGGUUGGAUGGAGCAAUACAACAAAAUAUGGAUGAGAGAAAGAACAGACCUUUAGAUGACAGAGUCCACGGGGCCCAGACUCGCCAUGAAUUCAGUCGUGUUUUGGAAGAUAAAAGUGAAGAUGUGAACUUGGAUAACACUGUUGAGGGAGUCCAUGAGGAUUUAGCUGGUAGAGUCUGCUAUGAGCUCGAACCACUUGUUACACCAUAAGUCUUCAUUGGAAACAAGCCAGUACAUUAAAAUUGAAUAUAAAAAAAGCUACAGCUAAAUUUUCAUAUGUACUAAUGACACAUAUGAUGCUGAAUUGCUCCAGAAAUUAUUAAUAAAAAAUAUCUAUUCAGCUGAAAUUGGCUGUAUCACAGGCUAAUAAUAAUUGUGUAAUAAACAGC